GUUGACGACCCACCCACCGUCGUCGUGCGGGGAGACAGCGCGGCGACGUGACACGAGGACGUCAACUCGCCGAUCUCCAUAACAUGAUCUAUGAUAACAUGAUCAUUAUAUCCAAUGCGAAACAAAGAGCGAGAGUAAGAGAGGCGAGAAACAAAAGGAUUAAAAAAAGAUCAUGUAAAAGAACCAAUAAUCUCGCGAGGCACUGCCGGUCCAUACGCGGAGGGUCGAGGAGCUUUUCCACGAGCGCGAAAUCACAACGAAACAGAAACGAUCCAAACAGCCAUAUCCACUAUCGCACAUUGAUCCUGUUCGCGACAGCGCGGCAGGAAGACCGCACUUUCACGCGUGUUCCGAAACUCAUCAAAAGAAAAACAUUUCAAUUUGACAGCUGUCGUCGCUACAAGUACGCAAGUACAGAAAAGCAGGGUCAGUCGUAG